UGUCAAGAUCAAAGGACCAUACAAGUGAACCUUCAUGAAUCAAAGGAUCAAAGGACAACUUCCAUUCUAUGGUCUCUAUAUAAGGAGCAGCUGUUCAGACAGUCAGAUCAUUUUAGUGCCUUUAGCAGGUGACCACUGUGAUAAAGCGACAUUCAACAAAAGAAAAUCUUUCCUAGCAGACAAGUGCUACUGGAAACAACAAUCAAAGAAAAUGCCCGGAAUGAAGAACACAAGAGGGUUCCACAGGAACACUGGGAUGAGUCUAAUAAGCAGGUCUCGUCAGAUCAGCUGUUCAUAUCAACAGAACAAGGCAAUGGAAAAUACCCAACAGUUCAACAAGAAAAAAAUACAGUUCAGGUCACCUUCUCAAGUUCACGCCCUUCGGCGUCAACUUGAGAAGGUGAGGCAACAGAAUACAGUCCUGCACGAAACAUAUGAGGAGCUGCAAGCAGCACACACCGACAGCCAGAAGAUGUUCUCAGCUGAACUCCAGAAGGAGAGGCAGAAAAACAGGCUUCUCCAAGAACAACUGGAGAAGAUGAAAGUUUCAUUCCAAGAGAUCAGCCAAAGGUAUGAAGCUGAGAAUGUCAGUGUCAGACAACAAGCUGGUACCCUUCAGUGUGAAUUUGAGAAGGCAUGCCAGGAGAAGAUGAUCCUUCUAAAACAUUGCGAGGAGCUGCAAGAGACACACAGACGCAGCAUGGAGACAAUCACUGCUGAUCUCCAGAUGGAGAGGGAAAACAAAGUGCUUCUUCAGAAAGAACUAGACAAAAUCAAACUUUCAUACCAUGAGAACCACCUGAGGUAUGAAACUGAUGUCCUCACUGCCAGACAGCAUGUUGACACCCUUCAGCUCCAGCUUGACAAGGAAAUCAAGUCUCACUCAAACACAGUGUCGGAGGCCUGGAGUGCGGUUAACAAGCUGAGUGCUGACAAGGAAACCCUCUGUCAAAAGAUAGCGGAGGUGAGAGAAACCCUGCAGCAGAAACAGACACUUUUUGAGAGAGAGCUGGAGGAGCUGAAAACUCAGCUCAACGUCCAGAUCUCAGUCAACCUUGAGCUUUCCACUGAGCUUGAGGAGAUAGACUCCCGGCCUCCAAGAAAAAUCGCCAGACGGAUGGAGAAGCAUGAGGAUGAGCCCCGCCCUGCAUCUGCUACGGACCCAUUGAAAGAAGUUAAAGUCCCUGAGGAGCUGUGGAGCAAGCAAAAGAAGUACAUCUUUGAUGCACCAGCCUUCAAAGUCCAGGAGGAGGGUGAGAGCUCUGAGGGGACUCUCCAAACAAAAUACGCCUUCCGUCUGGCAAAGAACGGACAAUAAAAUUCUUAGGACCCUUUCCACAGCAGAUAUUUUGGCUUGUCAUAGUAUGACAAGCCAAAAUGUCUG